CAGUUAGAUUUUCGCUUGGAUCUUGCUUCCAUAUACCUUAUUUACUUCAACUGAGCACAGAAAUUAUUGAUAGUGGCUGGGACGAUAUCACCAAAAAGAAAAAAGUCGGGAUUUUUAAAAAUGGCGUGACUGAUGUCAAUUUCGAAAAUUGGAACAAGUAAUCAAAGGAAAUCGAUUCCAAAGUGAGAUAAAUUGAAAUAUAUUCACUACGGUCGAUCCGCUUGCUGUCGAUGCAAAUUAAGCUUAUACCUGCAAAUCUCUUCUGAUCGUAUAAUCGAAUGUAUAGUGAAAUUAUUUUAUAUACAAAAUGACUUUUCUUCGACUUCAAGUUCAGGCCGUUUUGGUUGUUAUUGUCGUUUCGCUUGAGCGAAGCUCUUCGGGUUCUCCAAGGUAUUUCAACAUAGGUGCUAUGCUCUCUUCUCCAAAUGCCGAACAAAUCUUCGACGAUGCUGUCAGAAACAUAAAUUAUAACUCUUCAUUGUCUUUGAAUGUUGUGCGAUUGAAUUCAACAUCGUAUGUUUUGAAUUCAAACCCUAUUCGAUCAGCUUUGGAUGUUUGUGAAAGAGUUAUCUCAAAUCAUGUUUAUGUGAUAUUGGUAAGCCAUGAAAAAGGACAAAAAACGCCACCAAUUGCCGUUUCCUACGCUUGUGGCUUCUACAAAAUACCAGUUAUAGGAAUAACCGCGAGGGAGUCUAUAUUUUCCGAUAAGACAAUUCACGAGUCCUUCCUCAGGACGGUUCCACCAUAUUCAGAACAAGCAGAUGUUUGGGUUGGAAUUUUGAGCCAUUUCAAAUGGAACAAAGUUAUAUUAUUAACAAGCAAUGACCAGGACAGUCGUGCUAUAGUGACGAGAUUCACAAUGAUAGCAGAGAAGAACAAUAUCAAGAUUGAAAAGACGGUGAUGUUUCCCAUGGGAUUAACAAAUGUAACAUCUUACUUGACCAAAGUACGGUCUUCUCAAUCAAGAGUGAUUCUUUUUAGUGCAAGGGAACUCAUUAACACUACCUUACCCAAGGGCCUUACUGGAGAAGUAUCGUUCAAUAGCAUUGGUGACCGCAAGAAUACCAAGUAUAAUAUUCUGAAUAAAAACACCCAAAAUAGCAAUUUGACAGUUGGACAAUUCCUUGAUGGACAGGUGUCAAUCAAUGAGAGUAUUGUUUGGCCAGGACUACAGAACACUAUGCCAAAAGGAGUGUUUGUUUCGAACCAUUUGAGGGUUUUAACAUUGGUGGGUGAACCAUUUGUCCAGGUCAAAGCAGUGCCUCCCAGUGGCAGAUGCCAAGACCUGGAUACAAGCAAACAUAAACAUGUACGCUGUACAGGAAGGGUGUUUGGAGUAGACAUACAAGAAGAUGUUGCUUCUAGGAAUGAACACUGUUGUUAUGGUUUUUGUAUGGACUUACUGAUCAGGCUUGGAGAGAAGAUUAAUUUUACAUACAGUGUGACAUUGUCAGCUGAUGGUAGUUAUGGAUCUCUCAGAAGGGUGAACGGAUCAGACACCAAGCGAUGGAAUGGUAUGGUAGGAGAGGUGAUUGAUGGUAAAGCUGAUUUGAUAGUAGCAACUUUAACAAUCAACAACGAAAGAGCCGAGUGGAUAGAAUUCUCCAAACCGUUCAAAUACCAAGGACUUACCAUCUUGGUUCAAAAGAACCAGAGCAAGAACAGCUUGGAUUCAUUCCUUCGUCCAUUCCAAAUCAACCUCUGGCUCCUCGUCCUAUUGUCCGUGCACAUCGUGGCUGUCAUACUUUACCUGCUAGACAGGUUUAGCCCGUUUGGCCGGUUUAAACUCGCAAAGAAAGACCGUGAAGAGACGGCGCUCAACUUGUCAAGUGCGAUGUGGUUCUCAUGGGGCGUCUUGUUGAAUAGUGGAAUUGGAGAAGGAACGCCUCGUAGCUUCAGUGCAAGGGUUCUGGGUAUGGUGUGGGCAGGGUUUGCUAUGAUUAUCGUUGCGAGCUACACAGCUAAUCUUGCUGCGUUCCUUGUGCUUGAUCGACCUAAAGCGGUAGUCAGUGGCAUCGAUGAUCCAAAUCUUCGUAAUCCUUCAGAUCAGUUCACCUAUGCUACAGUAGCAAACAGCAGCGUAGAUGCGUACUUCCGACGUCAGGUUGAGCUCUCUUCAAUGUACACAUUCAUGGAACAAUACAACGUCAAAACCGAUAAAGAAGGAAUCAAGAAAGUAAAAAAUGGCGAACUAAGCGCUUUUAUUUGGGACUCACCUUUCCUGUAUUACGAAGCGUCGAAUGACUGUUCGCUGACCACGGCAGGGGAGUUGUUUGGGAGGUCAGGAUAUGGAAUUGGAAUGCCAAAAGGUUCUCCCUGGAGUAACGAAAUCUCUCUCGCAAUUCUAAACUUCCACGAGAGUGGAGUAAUGGAAGAACUGGAGACGACAUGGAUUGACGGUACGAAAUGUGAAGAGGAAAGCACAUCACCAGCUACUCUUGGUCUUAGCCACAUGCUAGGUGUAUUCAUCAUGGUAGCUGCAGGCAUCGGAGCGGGGAUCAUCAUCAUCAUUCUUGAAAUCCUUUACCACAAACACCGUGGAUGGAAAGAAGAACAAAAAGAACUGGCCAAAAAGACCACAGAUAAGUGGCGCGCAAACAUCCUCAUGAUGAAAAAGGACCGCACAACGACACAAACUAAUGGGGUAACACUAGAACCACGUAACGGGCAAGAUGGGACCGGGAUCGCGCGGCGUAAUCCAAUCUAUUCUCCUGAUAACAUCACAGAAAGCGCUUUUACUUACAGUUGAAAAACGCACUGAAACCUGAAGAAAUGCGGCGAUUCCGUUCGUGACGGCUGAACGUAGCGUGAUCUCGCGCGCAAAUUUGUUUCGUGAUGUUAUUAUACUCUUGUGCGGCAUAGCGCAAAUCAAGUUGUUUCUAGCAACGUGAUCAGUCGAAGUUCGCCAGGGCUAUAGUGUAUAGAGUAGUUUUCUUAUGACGGUGAAAAGCUCAUGGCAAAAACACAGUCGUGACACGGCAAGGCACACGCAAGGCCAAUCACAGUGCACGAGAAUUUACCUUUCAUCCAAUCGAAUGCCCGAAACACGGCAUGAACACGACGCUGACACGGUCACGCCAAGGUCACGGCACUGCCAGACCAAUCACAUUGCACGAGAAUUUACUCUCCAUCCAAUCAAAUACCCGAAACACGGCAUGAACACAGCGUGGACACGGUCACGACAAGGUAAACGGCACUUCCAGACCAAUCACAUUGCGCGAGAAAAAAAUCAGCCAAUCAAAAUUCUAGAAGGUAUCACGGCCAUGUCAAGGCACGCAUAUACGGCACCGACUUUUUCACAGUCAUACGAAAACUGCUUYAUCUAUAUCACGAUGGUAUAUUGAUUGAUCUCACCGCUAAACAUUUGAUUGUCAUUGUAAAUAUGACGGUUGAGAUUACGCAUAAAGUGAAAAUAUCAUAGGUGUACAAUGUUUUAGUUAAGCAUUUUCAGUCUUAGCAUCAUUUUUAAAAUAAUUUUUUAUAUAAUUAAUAGCGAAACUGUUUGUUUUAAUGAGAUAACAUAUCGAUCGCUACCACUGGGCUUCCUGCGGAUUUAGCAAUUUAAUGUGUUCUGGCAACUUAUUGACUUUCUGAAAAAUACAACAUAGUACAUGCAUCUGAAUGGCUUUUGAGCACUGCAAUGGCUUUUUGAGCACCAAAACGGCUCUUGAGUACUGAAAUGGGUUUUGAACACCGAAAUGGCUUUUUCACUUAUCGAUAAAUAUUAGUUAAGUUAUUUGCCACGAGCAAUUCUAAGUAACGCUUAAUUGGCUUUUUCAUGUAUUAAUGCGGAAGCCAUUUCAAAACUGAAUAAUGUCGAUAAAUAUCUAUUUAAGUUAUUUGCCUUGGGCAAUUCUAAGUAACACUUAAAUGGCUUUAUUUAAUCAAGUCAAUAUUCCAUAGAAAUAUACGACAAACUAAAAGAUAUAAUUUAUAGCAGUCAAAUAUGAAAAAUGAUAUAUUUAAUGUAAUAUAUUUAAAAUUACUUAAGGAAGGUAUCUAUAAAAAGUUCAUUUAAAAUUCCUGAAUUAAUGAAAAGAAGAUAUUUAUGAAGGCCAUGUUAGUUUACAUGCAAAGCUGUAAUGUAAUGUAUUAGUUUCAUGGUCAAAACAGUAGUCCAAAAGAGGGAACUGAUGCGAUUGAUUCUGGUGUUGGUUAACGGUAAAUACCCCCUCUCCCCUCAGAGACCUACUGAAAUGUUGAAUUGGUGUUUGCAAGCAUUUCCUAGAGAGUCAAAAGACAAAAACUUGACGGCCAUAUUGGUGCCGUUAACAAUGGAUGCUAAUGAGAAAUCUUUUGUUAAAUGACACCAACUCUCCCCCGAGAGGCCGCGAUGACAUAAAAAUACAUAUGUAAAGCAUAUUUACUUUAGCAUUCACCAUUUUCCAUACAUYGRUUCACUGGUCAAACACAAAGCAUUCAGUCGAGGUUGCAAGGUUCAAAUUUGAAUAAUYCUUUGAAAGUACCUUGGCGCCUCGCUUGAGUGCUUUGUGUUUGACCAGUGAACCGAUGUAUGGAAAAUGUUGAAUACAUGCAAACAGAAAGAGUGAAGUCAUUUAACCCGUAACAUAGGUAUUAGACUAAUACACUUUAGUAGACCCUAAUUCCAUUGUUUUCUUUUGUGUCUUUUUGACUAUUACACGUUAACUAGUAUUUUUUAUUUCACGGGUUAAAUGCCUUUCACUUUUAGUUUCGGAGAUGAUAUAGGACAAAAUCCAGGAUUUSACUUCCAGAGGGGGUGGGGACCGGGUUACCCCACCCCUCCCCCGUAAAUCGAGUUCCUUAAGAUGACAACUGUUUUGACUUUUCUUUUUUUUAUCAGUGGUUUUACCUAACCCUUGAAACAGUUAGUAAACUAAGGCCUAGGGCAAACGUCGAACUUUCCAUGCACCGAACUCAUUAAAAACAAUGGAUAUCAGGUGAUAAUGAGGCGGCAUUCUUUGAUGUA